AGUUGACAAAAAAAAAAGUAUAUCAAACAAUCCGUAUUUGCAUGGUAAAACGAGUUUGUUGAAUUUAUAAAAGAAUAAAAGAAACUCAACGCAUUCCAUAUUCAAAAGUUACUCUAUAAACUAUAUCAAUUCAAAAAACUUUUUAGCUCAUAUCAAUUCAGCUCAAUUUUUUUCCUCUCACAAUUUCACUUUAGUUCAAUUCAGUCCAAAAUAACAAGACCUUAUCGAAAACAAAGUUAUUAAAUACAAAAACAAAUUUCAUCCCAAAAGUACAAAACUUAUUAAUUUUUCUGACACAUUAUUUUUCCUUAAAAGAGAUAAUAAAUAUGAAAAUUCAAAAAAAAAAAAAAAUCCCUUUUUCAGUAACAAAGAGUAACGUUUCUAACGACUAAAUAAAUUAAAUUACAUGAAGCAAAAAAAAAAUCAUAACUCAUCCUUUCUUCCUUCCUUCCUUUUUUCUGUCUUUCUACAGAUACAGACAAUAUACCAUUUUCAUACAAGUCUUCGACGACUCUUAAACACACACACAUACACACAUUUCUCAUUCUCUCUCCUCGAAAUUACGUGAAUUGCUUCUAUAACUAUUCUUCUUCUCAUAUUACUCAUUCAAACUUUCAAUUUUAUUUUAUUUUAAUUUAUUUAAGAAUUCAGGAAGUUUAUGAAUUACAACUUCCAUUAGAGUUUCAUAUACAGGCAGCAGAAUUACUGAUUGAAUCUGAGGAAAGGAUCCUGUAUUAAUCUUUUCUGGAGAAGGUCGAUCUUGGUCUUACGAGAUGAACAACUUUAAGUUGGGGGUAGAAGUUACAGGAGCACAUGAUCUUGCAGCAAAAGAUGCCGAAGACUCAUCAAGUAUCUAUGUCGAGCUCAAGUUUGAUGAUCAGAGGUUUCGUACUAGCACCAAAGAAAGAGACUUGAGCCCUGUUUGGAAUGAAACAUUUUACUUCAAUAUAACUGAUCCAAACAAUCUUUCAAAUCUUAUUCUGGAAGCUUAUGUCUAUAGCUACAAUUCAAUGACCCAGUCUAAAUCCUUCCUUGGUAAAGUAUGCAUUAACGGAUCAUCAUUCGUUCCUUACUCGGAUGCUUCUGAAUAUUACUUUCCCUUGGAGAAACGCCAUAUGUUCUCUCGUGUCAAAGGAGAACUCGGCUUAAAAGUCUUCAUCACGGAUAAUCCAUCUGUUAGACUGUCCAUGCCCCAACCUGCAAUGAUGGAAUCAAAUUCACCCUUUCCUGAUUCCCAACAAGUAGCUGAUGGUUUUGAGAGUCAGAGACAAUCUUCUAGGGAAAGAAAGUCAAAUUCAAGGCAUACCUUCUUGCACCUUCCUAAGCAGGAUAGCAACCCGAACCCUCAGCCUCAAGUGUCAUCAAUGACAUCAUCAGCUGCUAAAUCUGAAGCACCUCCUUCGAAAUCCAUGCAAAUGAAUCCAGGUAUGUUAGGACAGGCGUUUGAUUACAAGCUUAGAGAAACAAGCCCUAUGCUUGGUGGAGGAAGAGUUGUUGGAGGCCGAGUUAUACGUUCUAACAAACCUGUUAGCACGUAUGACCUUGUUGAACAGAUGUUAUUCCUUUUUGUUCGUGUGGUGAAAGCUCGUGAGCUUCCCAACAUGGAUGUUACAGGAAGCCUUGAUCCGUAUGUAGAGGUUAAAGUUGGAAAUUACAAAGGGGUUACAAAGUAUUUUGAGAAAAAGAAAGAUCCUGAAUGGAAUGAGGUGUUUGCCUUCUCUAGGGACCGUGUUCAGUCAUCUGUGCUUGAAGUUCAGGUGAAAGAUAAGGAUUUGGUGAAGGAUGAUUUUGUUGGGAUAAUUAGGUUUGAUCUUCAUGAGAUUCCUACAAGGGUCCCACCUGAUAGUCCGUUGGCCCCACAAUGGUAUCGUCUUGAAGAUAAGAAAGGCGAGAAGAUAUCAAAUGGGGAACUAAUGCUUGCUGUUUGGUAUGGUACUCAAGCUGACGAGGCAUUUACUGAUGCUUGGCAUUCUGAUGCAAUUACCCCCCCUGAUAUAUCAGCUUCAGCUUCUACUCAUAUGCGUUCAAAAGUCUACCAUUCGCCAAGGUUAUGGUACCUCCGAGUUAACAUAAUUGAGGCUCAAGACUUGAUUACCUCAGAUAAGGGUCGGUUUCCUGAUUGUUAUGUCAAGGCACAACUUGGAGUCCAAGUGCAGAGGACAAAGCCUGUUCAAACUAGGAUGGGUAACCCAUUUUGGAAUGAAGACUUGAUGUUUGUUGCUGCUGAGCCUUUUGAUGAGCACUUGAUCCUCACUAUUGAGGACCGGUUAGGUCCCAACAAAGAGGACACAGUUGGCAAGGUCAUUAUCCCUUUAGGUGCUAUUCGUAAGCGUUAUGAUGACAAGAAUUUCCCCAGCCAAUGGAUCAACAUUCAGAAACCGAGCUCCUCUGAUAUUGAAGAGCCCGAGAAGAAAGUCAAGUUUUCUAGUAAGUUGCAUGCUCGUAUAAGCCUUGAUGGCGGUUAUCAUGUCCUUAAUGAAUCUACUUACUAUAGUAGUGAUCUACGACCAAGUAUGAAGCAACUGUGGAAAUCUCCCAUUGGUGUUCUUGAACUUGGAAUUCUCAAUGCUGAAGGACUCCUUCCAACGAAAACACGAGAAAGUAGGGGAACUGCGGAUACCUUUUGUGUGGCUAAGUAUUGUCAGAAAUGGGUUCGUACAAGAACAAUUAUCGAUAGUCUUAGCCCCAAAUAUAACGAACAAUACACAUGGGAGGUAUAUGAUCCUGCAACGGUUCUUACAAUUGGUGUUUUUGAUAAUGGUCAUCUUGUUGGUAAAAAAGAUACUAAGAUUGGUAAGAUAAGAGUUCGAAUUUCCACACUUGAAGCAGGGCGUGUUUAUACUCACUCAUACCCCUUACUCGUCCUCCAGCCUUCUGGUGUCAAGAAGAUGGGAGAGUUACAUCUGGCUAUUCGAUUCACUUGUACAAACAUGACGAACAUGAUGCUUUUAUACACAAAACCACUUCUUCCUAAGAUGCAUUACUCUAGACCAUUGUCUUUGAUGCAGACUAACACUCUGAGGCUUCAUGCUAUCAAUGUUCUAGCUUCAAGGCUCAGUAGAGCUGAACCACCUUUGGAGAAGGAAGUAGUCGAUUUCAUGUGUGAUGUGGAUGCACAUUUUUGGAGCAUGAGAAGAAGCAAGGCUAAUUUCUAUCGAAUUAUUGCUCUUAUUCAAGGGUUGAUUGCUGUUGGAAAAUGGUUUACAGAUGUUUGUGCUUGGAAAAACCCAGUUACAACUGUUCUCGUUCACUUACUCUAUGUAAUGCUGGUGUGUUUCCCCGAGCUCAUCCUUCCUACCGUGUUUCUGUACAUGUUUUUGAUCGGAUUGUGGAAUUAUCGGUAUAGGCCUAAAAACCCACCUCACAUGGACACUAGGAUCUCCUAUGCUGAUACCACAAUCCCAGAUGAACUUGAUGAAGAAUUCGACACCUUUCCUACAACAAGAGGUUCAGAAGUGGUAAGAAGAAGGUAUGAUCGACUCAGGACCAUCGGCGCCAAAGUACAAUCAGUACUUGGGGAUGUAGCUGCGCAGGGGGAGAGGGCUCAAGCGCUGCUGAGUUGGCGGGACCCACGAGCUUCGGCUAUAUUUCUGACAAUAUGUCUUGUGGCUGCAGUUAUUCUGUAUGCUACUCCUUUCCAAGUUAUGGCUCUUGUUGGCGGAUUUUCUGUAAUGAGGCAUCCUAAGUUUCGUAGUAAGUAUCCUGCUACACCUAUGAAUUUCUUUAGGAGAUUGCCUGCAAAGACAGAUUACUUGUUGUAAAUAGUUUUCUUUAGGACUCUUCUCAAGUGAAUAGUUAUCUGUUUUAUUUGUUGAGAUGAGUCCAUCUUUUUUUGUUGCUUAUUUAUUGCCAAUGUCCUUGUGAAAUUUUGAGUAAUGUAAGCUAUUUGCACCCCAAAGUCUGAAGUAACAUACAUCUAUAUUUGUAAAUUA